CUAGGGCUGGCGAUCCCCCUUGCAUAAAACACUGGCACUGUGUCAGUAUUCACGACGUAUGAAUGCAUCUGACCCUACUCUUGGUCAGGGGCACAGAGCAGGAGGAUGCCAGGGCAUUUAAAGACAUAGGCAUCAGUGGUGGAAGUCAAUACAAGGCUGUGGAACCAGGGGAAGGUAAAGGCCUCAGGGUUGGAGAUGACAGUUCACAAUCUGUACAUCUUUGAUCGGAAUGGAGUCUGCCUGCACUACAGUGAAUGGAAUCGGAAGAAACACGCUGGCAUCUCAAGGGAACAAGAAUAUCAGCUGAUGUAUGGGAUGCUGUUCUCUAUCCGGUCCUUUGUCAACAAGAUGUCUCCUGUUGAUCUUAAAGAUGGUUUCCUGUCAUUCCAAACGAGCAAGUACAAGUUGCAUUACUACGAGACGGCAACGGGACUGAAGAUUGUAAUGAACACUGACCUAGGUGUAGGAAAUAUCAGGGACGUUCUCAGCCAGAUAUACAGCACGAUCUUCGUAGAGUUGGUGGUGAAGAACCCACUGUGCAGUCUGAAUGAGCCAAUCCAGAGCGAGCUGUUCCGCUCCAAACUGGACAGUUUUGUGCGUGGGCUGCCCUUCUUCUUGGCGCGUGCAGGCUGAGCCCAGGCCUGACUCCACUUCGCAGCCUUGUUUGCCAAGAAGCAUGAAAUGAAGUCACCUCAGGACACUCCGGUGCUUCGACAGAAGGUCCUGUCAGAGAAUCUGCACUUGUACUGGACUUUCAUCAUUUUCCCAUUCGGAAUUCCCUUUGCUUUCUGUUCCCUUCAUGUCUACAUGGUGUUACAGAGAGCUUGUUGUCGGUGAAGGAAUCCACUUGUCUUUGUUUGCUGAACUCAAGCACUGGCUUCUGUCACUUCCCUACCACAUUUAAAUUAAAUAAAUCUGACCAAGGUAUUAAAGGGGAAGUGUCUUUGUC